AUGGAUGAAAGAUACCAGCGUUGGGUUGACUUGUCUAACGAAGAUAUAAGUCCCGAUAUAAUACGGGAUGUACUUUUCCCUCUAGAAGAUGAACUCUGGGUAGCUGCUGCCUGCGCGGAUCGAAUUCUCUCGGAUGUCGAGGCACAAACAGCAUUACUCGAGCUUGGGUUACUCCGCACCUCGCAAGCCUCUGAAAAGAUUCAAACUGCAGUUGACGAGUUGGUUAAUUCUGGAGAAGACACCGACCCUGAAGAGCAACCCAACGAGGACGAUAGGAGUGGGCGAGACUCAAAACAUACCAGGCCUACAGAAUCCGACCUACUCAAACGUGCACUGAAUGAAGACGAGACAAGCAGGAAACUUUUGGGCCUCAGAGCUGUGCUGUUGCGGCGCUUGGACCUGACCAGAACAUAUGGCGAACUUUUGGCCUCCAGAUCACUGAACCCGCUGGAUGGCAAUGAGCAAGUAGAGGACGACGAUCCUUGGGCUGAGGAGAAGCCACCCUCUGUUUCUUCUGGACCACCUUUUUUAUCUCUCUUUGAUUUCCUAACGACCGACAUCGUUCAUUUAGCACUUCUUUGCGCAUCCACACAACGAUUUAGCGCCCUUAAAACCUUAUUCAUUCACCAUCUACGUGAUUUGUUCCCUUUCCGGCUCCAUGUGCUCGAAAGUAUACCGGCGCAUGCAUCCCCUAUCGAAUACGUCGAUCUACUUCCCACAUGUAACUUCGCCAUUGCCCAAGAAGAAACGAGACUUUCGCAUCCUUGGCGUGAGGAUUUAGACUGGGUGGAGCAACAUCACGUUCGAGCCGCUUUAGCAGACACUGGGGUAGAGGAUUUCCCCCAGUUCGAAACCAUUACCGUCGAGAGGCCAUCCAACCCUCAACCUGAAUUACUUUCGGGUGCAGAAUUGACCGUGUGGUUUAAGCGACGUAUCGAAGCCAUAGACACGCUUGGCCUGAUUGAUAUUGCUCUUACAUUUGUCCAGCAUGCGGCUUCAUUGGCUAUACCCGACCUCGACGAAGAGGGCGAAGAGCUCACUCUCUUAGCGAGACUCGUUUACGAUGCACCUAUUUCGGAAGACAAACCUUUGGCAGCAGCGGACGACUGGAACUUAUCUCGAUGGCGUUCCAUGGAUCCUCCCGCGGUCAUUCGUGCAUACCUGACGCAGUCCACUCCUGAAACCGUAGCCGCAGACAUUCGUCGCCUUGUUGUCCCAUACUUAUUUGUUCUGGAUGCGCGGAAACAACGCAAACACGCGGCCGCUCCUGUACAAGUUGAGCAAGGCCUAUCCGAUGAGCUCUUAUAUGGCUGGAUCCUCAAUGCUUCCCUUGAUCUCGCUGCCGCUGUAUUCUUCGCAUCCAAAGCCGACCUUCCGGAAACGACACGAAUUAUACAAAAAGACGAGGACCUUGCCCGUCUAGCCCUAGCUUGCUUGUAUGGUUCAGAUGCACUAAACGCGUGGCCCACUAUGAGCUCGAUAUUUGAAUGUCUUCCAGCUUGGGAAACAUCCGAAUCCGGAGAAAAUAACGCAGACGCGGAUGAAGCGGACACUACGUUGGCUUCACUUGCAGCAUUUGUAACCCCUACCACCGCAAAACCUAGGACAGCGCCUGCCGAUUUGUACACUUUUUUUAAGCCAUUGUCAGCUCGUGCACUCAGUCGAGCACUGGAUAUAUUGGAUGUACACUUGGAAUCCGGGGAAGUGCUUUCUCGGUGGGGUGUUCCUGCACCGCUAAGAUGGUUUGUCCAAAGCGCAGGCGAUGCCACUCUCCAAAGAUCAUGGGCGAUUAAGAUGGCGAGGCGUAGCGGAGCGGAGGGCGGGGAGGUGCUGUUGGAUGAUAUGAUUAAGCUUAGCGGAGGUGCACUGGGCGAUCUUAGGGGUGCUUUCGGUGCACUGAAGAAAGAUGAAGUGGUUAAGAUUUUCUUUGAAGGGCUGCUAAGCUCCGGGAGAUUCGACAUGGCCCAUGACAUGCUUAAUCCUCGAGGAAUUCCGCCCCCGCUUCCGACUGAUGUGGUCGAAAACCUUUGUUUGAGGGUUUCUCGAGAGUUUUACGAUAAUGCCACCUCCGGCAAUAUACAUAGUGGUGACAUGAAAUUGGCAUACGAAUGUCUUAAUGUUCCUCUUCCCACGCCAGUGGUCAUCAAAGAGCGCGAAUUUAUCGAAGCGACAAGCCGAAUUUGCGCAUUCAAUGUAGUAUCCCGACCAGGAGUACCUAUCACACCGCUUGAAAUUCGUUUAGUCAAAGACAGGCUCAGUCUGGUUGGACGAGUCCUGUCAAGCACCGAAGAUGCAUACAAACACACUCAAGUCAUACUAGAUCUCGUUGCAAAGCUUGGAUUUAGGGGAGACCUAGCUGCAGAGGUCAAAGCACUUGCCAUGAUUGCCGACGCGGCUCUAUCAUCGGAGGACUUCGAGGUGGCGGCCGAGGUUAGCAUUCGGAUGGUUAAGACCGCUGUCAAAUUACGUGCGUCAGACACCGCUGCCGCGCGCGAGGCUACUGAAGUCUGCUGGCAUACAUGUUACCAACUGGGACGGCAAACUGAGUUUACAGACACCAAGGCAAAGAUGACUCUGCUGGCCCACGUGCUCGAACUCUGCCCUCCAGAAAAUGUGAACGAUGUGUUGGCCGCCUGGAAGAGGUUAGAGGCGGAAAAAUUGGAAGCCUUCAAAACACGGGAGCCAGCUACGAAAAGUUCACGAAGAACGCGCACAGGAAACGACCUUCUCGCGAUACCCGAUCUGUCCGCUCCUUUGAUCAGUCCAGAUGCCGCAGCAGCGGCAGCACGCACAUUUAGUCGCGUUGCAGGUGCGGCUGCCAACUUCCCAUUCUCCGUUCGUGGACGUUUGGGGUAUGGAGGGGGCGGUGAUAGGGAUAAUGAAUCAGUCGUAUCGGGAAUGUCCACGCGCUCGAGAAGUCCUGAAAGUACCGUAUCAAAUUCAGCAAGACAUGCGCUUUCGAGAGGGGUCGGAUGGCUAAUUGGGGCUGGCGAAUAA